AUGCGUGGUGGUAUCGCAGCUGGUUUUCUCCUCGGUGGUGCGGGCCCGGUGCUGGCCUUGUCGCCCCUGGAUACCUUUUACCCGCCAUCUCUGAAUGAUACCUCUUACAUCUCUAAUGCAUCAAUUGGAACAUAUGGAGGUAUUUACAAAGCGCCUACCAAUGGUCCUACCAGUGCUACUCCUUACGGCACCUAUGACUAUUGCUCCAUGCCGCAUCCGCGUACCCAGGAGUACGACCUGCCGGGUCCCAUUGCCAACGGGUCCAUCAAGGGAAAGCUGGUCUAUCUGGAGUAUCUCCAACGCCACCAGAGACGUUCCCCGUACAAUAUUCUUCCGGGCGGAGAGAAUCAAGCUUAUCACUGCGACAAUGUUCGCCCAUACCUCUAUGCUGGACCAAACAGCGCGAGUGGCAUUGAUCCCAUGCCUAUGUAUGCUCAGACGUACCAGGACCCAACGAACCCAUUUACUCCUGGUGUGAAUGGAUCCUGCCAGUAUCCUCAGAUCACGAUUGGCGGUGUUCAGGAUGGCUUCCAGCACGGUAAAGACCUCUGGAAUGUUUACGGUAAGAAGCUCGGACUCAUUCCCGAGAAGCCUAACAACAGAGUCUGGUUCCGGUCCAGCGAAUCCGCCUUGACUCAAGGUUCUGCUGGCGCAGUCCUUCGCGGCGUGUGGCCGGACUAUAACGGCGCCUUGCCACUUCACCAAAUGGUCUCAUCUGUCGACACUGUUAAUGAGGGCUAUUCCUGCGAUGCUAUCAGCACAACCUUGAGUGAGCUCGAGUCAACGACUGAAUGGAACGACCAUCUCAGUGUCACCAAGGAGCUGCGCUCGAAACUUGGGUCUAUGCUUGGUGCCACGUCGAGCUCGUGGCAGGACACCUUUGAUCACUUCUCGGACAACUUCCAAGCUCGUCUAUGCAACGGCUAUGAACUUCCUUGCAGUGUUUCAAACUCCUCAGCAUGCGUGACUGAGCAGAUGGCAGAAGAAGUUUUCCGCGCCGGUGACUGGGAGUGGAACUACUACUGGCGAACAAACCCCUAUGUCAAGAAGUACAUUCAGGUCGUUGAGGGUCUUUUCAUUGGCGAGGUUCUUGCCCGCCUGGAGGCCGUUCUCAAGGGUAGCUCUUCUCUUGACUACAGCCACAUUUUCAUCCAUGAUGGAGAUAUCGGUCCCAUUCUUGGAUCUCUCGGUAUCAAUGCUCUUCGCUGGCCAGCUAUGGGAUCGAAUAUUGCCUUUGAGGUCUGGAAAACCGAGUCAGCCCAUAGCUCUUAUUACGCCCGUGUCCUCUACAGCGGUCAGCCGGUGCAGACCAUUCACGGUACUCUUGACUGGGUUCCUCUUUCUGACUUGAUCAAUAUCAUGAGCCCAUAUGUUCCUGAUGACAUUACCUCGCUUUGUGGUUAA